UGGUGGUGGCUUUUAUUGUGGAGGGUGUAACCGGAAGUGUUACCGUGAGAGAAAGCGCAGGCGCAUCGAACUGAAAGCUGUUCACGGGACCCUCACGUUGAGUUACAAUGAGCUCCAUCGGUACCGGGUAUGACCUGUCGGCCUCCACCUUCUCCCCGGACGGCCGGGUGUUCCAGGUGGAGUACGCCAUGAAGGCGGUGGAGAACAGCAGCACGGCUAUAGCCAUCCGCUGUAGAGAUGGUGUUGUCUUCGGGGUGGAGAAGCUCGUUCUGUCCAAACUCUACGAGCAAGGCUCCAACAAACGCAUCUUCAACAUUGACAGACACGUUGGCAUGGCAGUAGCGGGGCUGCUGGCCGACGCCCGCUCUCUGUCGGAGGUAGCGAGAGACGAAGCCUCCAGCUUCAGGUCCAGUUACGGACACGACAUCCCACUGAAGCACCUGUCGGACCGAGUGGCCAUGUACGUGCACGCCUACACGCUCUACAGCGCCGUGAGGCCCUUCGGCUGCAGCUUCAUCCUCGGCUCGUAUGACAAAGACGACGGUCCUCAGCUCUACAUGGUCGACCCGUCAGGCAUCUCCCAUGGCUACUGGGGUUGUGCCAUCGGGAAAGCUAAACAAGCCGCCAAGACGGAGAUCGAAAAACUGCAGAUGAAGGACAUGUCCUGCAGGGAGCUCGUCAAAGAAGUGGCCAAAAUAAUCUACAUCGUCCACGACGAGGUGAAGGACAAGGCCUUCGAGUUGGAGCUCAGCUGGGUGGGAGAAGUGACAAACGGACGACACGAACUGAUUCCUAAAGACGUGAGAGAAGAAGCUGAGAAGUAUGCAAAGGACUCUCUGGAGGAGGAGGAUGACUCUGAUGAAGACAACAUGUAAACUCUUGUUUGUUUGUUUUAUAGUUCUUGAACUUCAUGUUUGUUGUUUUUGUUUUGAUGAAUUUCAACUUUG